ACGGUAUGUUGUAAGAUGGCAGCUAUGUUUGGAAAAAUUGCUGUUAAAGGUGUAAAAAGAAAACACUCUGAAAAUGAAAGCAAUGAACAAAAAUAUUUGGGAAAUAUUCACCUGGCAUAUGGUGUGAAAGGAAAGGGUAUUAAAAGGAAUCAUAUUGAAAAUGAAAGUCAAGAGCAAAUACAUUCGGAUAAGAUUCAGAGGACAAGUAUUCAAGAAAGGGGUGAAGUUGGCAUAAUGAAUGUGUUGGCAAUCAGCGGCAGAGGGAAUGACAUCGGGAUGACACAUUCAUUGGCAGACAACGAUAAAGCAGUCGGCGAUAGAAGAGCAAGUAUGUUAGAAGAAAGAGUACUAGGAAAUACCAUGCCAGCUACAAGUUGGGAUUGUGGAGACAUGGAAAUCUCAAGGGAUAGUGCCGAUGUGGAUGUAAACGAUAUGUGACAGUUAUAAAGAGUAUAAGUGGCAUAUUUUGCAGCAAUUAGAAACAACCUAGAUCGUCAACGAACGUGUCAAAUGUGUUUGUCAGUGUGUAUGCGUAGAAACUCCCAACAAGUUGAUAUAAUAUAAUUAGAUAUCGAAUUUCAUCGUAACGAUUUCGUCUGACACAUUUUGUAAUUCCUGAACCAGCAGAAAAAUUGUGAAAUUUGACAAUCAUAUAAAAAUAAUCUACAUGCAUAUAUUUGCAUGCACGCGCUCAACCUCUUUAAAACAACUGCAACGUAUUAAUUUAUUGAAAAAGAGAUACACUCAUACAACCCUUUAAGAAGUUGAAAAUUAAGAAAUUUGUGAUGUGUCGUUGAAUAAAAUAAUUAUUUUGAGCUCAGAUGCGAAGAAAUUAUGUCACGACGGCAUACCUUGAGUGAUAUGAUGAUACGUAUCUGAAUGACUGGUAUGCUGAUAUUUGCAGUAUGUUUUCCUCGCAAGAUUUAAGUCAUUUAAAUGUCUAUCUUUUAGCAGUCAUUUUAGAAUACUAGUAUCUCAACAUAAGAACGUUCAUGAGGUAUCCUAGCCAUAAAUGAGUAUGAUUGUGAUUUUCAUUUAAAGGCAGUAACUGUUUGUAAGAUUUUAUUGUAUUAUAGAUUUAAAUAUGUUUUCGCCUUUGUAAGAGGGAAGGUUGUACUGUAAUAUAUGACAGUUAGUUCAUUCAUUUCUCAUACAAAAGCUGCAAAAGUUCAAAACGAUAGUUGUCAAACAUUCCACACCAUCUCAGGCGUACGCAGAUAUUUCGUAUAUUUUGUACAUAUUUUAUACUUAGCUUUUGUUUAGUUGUUGUUUUUUUUGUGACUGGUUUUUCAUAAUGACCUGUCAAUAUAAUUUGUGCGUUAUUUUGUUUAAAAUGCAUAUUAUUUUUGCGAAUUAACCCUAAUCUUGAUUCUGAAAUUCGGGCUGUAUAAAGAAAGAAGAUUGUUAAAACACGAACUGUUUUAUUAAUUUAAAAUCAGUAUAUAUCAGUUCACACAAAACAUGGGGAUUUUGCUAUUGCUUUUGCUUAAAACCUUCUUACUAAAGCCAGACAAAAUGACAGCAUGACUAUAUAUGUUAUGUUGGUAUGUUCGCAGAUCGGACGCAUGUAUCAUUUAAUAGAACAUGGUUUCAUUAGGACUUAGAAAUGAAAUUCAAUACAAAGCCGCCCUUAUCACUUCCGUUUUGUACGUCAUUUUUAGUUUAGAUUUUUAUCGAUUGCUCUCACCGGACUUUUUUCUUCUCUAAAAGAUGCCAGGAAGUCUUGUUAAAAAUUAUAUAACUUAUUACAAUAACAAAACUCUGAUGAAAUUGUAAUGCUGUUUUCAAAAUGAAUUGUUUUCAACCGCUAAUAAAGAAAUAGGGGUAUAUUUGUACCCAAAAACUAUACAAUAAUACUGUUGGUGAAUUAGAAAUUGUUUACUUCUGUGCACUAAAAGCACUCAACUCUCAUCUCUCAAUAUUAAAACGGGGAGAAAAAUGUGCAGUCAAACCUGGACUUGAACCCGGGGCCUCGGAAAACCGUUCCGAUGCUCUACCGACUGAGCUACCCGGCCGCCUACACACAUUCUCCUCGUUUAAAUAUUCACGUCCUUUACCGUGACAAUUAUAUGACAUAUUUCUUCCUUUUAAUUUUUGUUUUUCUUUGCUUAAGCUAUACGACCAUGAUAAAUAUUUCACAACUAAACACUCCUUUCACAGGCAUGUCAAUUAUUCACAGAAACACAUAAAUACAUAGGUAAUUUUAAAUAGUGUUCAGGACCCUGUUUUUCGAAAUUUAAACAGGUGAUUAAGGUAAUGGCGAUUAAUUUAAAAUGUUAUAUUUCAACAUGUUAGAAGAAAAGUUAGGCUCUUAGUGCUCAAAUUAUUGAGUACAUUGGUGUAAUAAUACCUUAGAUUUACCUUAAUCCGUUGUUUAACUUUAUUAAUCUGUAAUUUUUGCGCUGAUGUAAGAGCCUUUCUCAGCGGGGAUUUUAUUUACACUGUGCAGUCUAACUUAUUGAAAAUAGGGUAAGUGCGAGGUUGGCAUGCCCUUAACGCGUUUAAACCCCCAGAUACCUUUAUAUAGGUUCCUGACCGUUCUGAGGCGGUGCCCCUGUUUUCAACUGGUUAUCUGUCUGUUAUUGUCUGUUGCGUAUGUUUUCUUGUUUGUUGUAUGUGUUUUUUCCUCCUCCUUACUCCCCCUAUCGCCCCCCUCCUUUCCCCUUGCAUUUGCGCUACUUUAUGCAUCCCUCCCCCUUUACUUUGAGUUUGUUUUCGUGGCUCCCAUUUAUUCAUGCUGACAGGACCCUAAGGCGGUACACAGUUGUUUUUUUUCCUGCUUAUAUGGGUGCGUUCGUAUGAUUGUGUAUCUAAUACGUACCCUACUGUUUUCUAUGUUAUUUAGUUGUAUGUGGUUGUGUGUUUGAUUUUGGUACAUGAGUGUCUGCGCUUUUGUGGUUUACGUUGUAGUGUGACUGUUAUUAAGGAACGUAGCAUUCUCUUUGUAUAUUCAUCCUUGUUCAUCUUUCCCCUUCAAGUUUCCCCCUCCACCAUUUUACCACUCCCCCUCUGUCUAUAUUUCACAUUAAUUAAUAUGUACUUACUACAUGUUGGAAGCAACCCAUCUGUAAUAUUUUUCCAUUACAGCUACUUAAAUGUUUGUUGUGGGCCUACUUUGCAAAUGCUUGGCUCUGAGGCUGUGUUUAAGGUGCUAUGUGCUUCCAAGAAAUCUACUCUUACCUAUUAUUUUAAGUAAGACAGAUGAGAAGUUAAGGAUUUUAAACACUAAAAGUCUUAACAAUAAAGUCAAAACAUCAUACCUGUCCAGUGUUUCCCACAAAGACUGAUACUUUGAAUCAAAAUUUAACCGGUGUUAGCUUAAUAGUCGUUUAAAAUUUCGAACAACUGGGUCCAGUAAUUCAGGAAUUUUGUUUUGGUUUUUAAAGAUCAACUCUUUUAUUCAUAAGAUUGUAAUCGUGUUAUAUAGUGUUUGUACAUAUGAUAUAUAUGAUAUAUAUUUAAUAAAAAUU